GUUGACCGUUGGCGACGCUUCCGCUACUCGAGGCGUCGGAGGACCUCCUGCCGAGGCCAUGGCGCCGGUGUCCCGCUCGCGGAGCCCAGAGGAGUCGCCGCCGCCCUCACGGCGGGAUCGGAGCGGCAGCUCAACCAGCCCUUCCCCGCCCAGGUCCAGCCGGAGCAAGAGGUCCCGAGCCCGGUCUCCGUCCCGGUCUCGGUCCCGCGAGCGCGGCGGCGGCGGCGGGUUCCGUCAGCGGCCCGGCCCGCUUCACCACUUCGGCCACCGCCAUGGCCCAGAGCACUACGGCAAGGAGCAGGAGGAGUCGCUGAGGCAGAGGUACGUGGGGAGGCUUGCUUGCUGGCCUCAUCCGAGAAAGGGUCCUGGCUGGGUCUCCCCUCUUGAAUAUGUCCCCUUUUGAAUAUUUCAUCCCUUCCUCCCUUACCUGUUUAAUGCGCCGCUUGAUUGAGGCUUGCAAAAAAAUAGCAGCGCCGAGGCACGUGCCCUCCUUUAUAAACAUCGGAAGGUUAAAUAAAGUACCAAAAGAGAGAGAGGAAAGUUACAUGCAAGCUGUGCAGGAAAAGGUGCAGCUUCGGCUGAGGCUUCCCUUUCCCGCCCCCUCCCCGGGUAAAUGUUCCUUUCCCCGCUUUUGCUAGCUGCAGCUACGAAACGGACAACUGUGAAAUCAGUGUGGAGGAUCUCAACCCAGGGAUAAGGAACUUGAGGCUCUCUGGAUGUAGUUGGCUAUGCAGACUGGAAGUUGGUGCCCGGCAACAUAUGGAACGUCCCAUGUUCCCCAUUCCCGAUCUAUACGAAUCAGUGUCCAAGUUUAACCAGUUUCUCAUAAAAAGUUAACACAAAGAGUGGUUGUGCCUUUAUGUGGUUGUCCCCCAAGUCAUUUCUCUCUCACCCUUUCAGAAUGUAGGUAUAUGGUUAGUUUUGCCAUAUUUGCAGAUCUCCAUUCUUCCCUUAUUUCUGUAUACCAGAGUUGCUGUUAAAAAGCACAGAAGCAGGGCUGUUUGGGGGUUUUUAUGACAAUCUAAUUCUAAACCAUAACAAAACCAUUUGUGACAUAAGAUCUAAUAUGUUGGCUUUAUAUGGGUUCCAAUCCUUAUUGGGACCAGGUUGCUGACAGCCUACCGCCUUCAGAAGUUUUGAUCAUCUUUGACUUUAGAGCUUGGGAUGGGGAAGAAGCAUGAGAAUGGGAUCUUCUUGGUGGCAGCACUUUGCCUGUGGCAAGUAGUAUUGCAACUCAUCCCCUACCCUUGUUAUAUCAUAACAGCUAGAAGGUUAUUACUAUGACUCCUAGCCAUGGAGGUUUAAGGUGUGAUACAUAGUGCAGUUUAAACUGAUGAAGUGAUGGCUAAAUUGACUUCAGUCUCAAGCAUAAACCCUGUUCAUACCUGCAUGGAAGUAGGUUUCAUUCAAUUCAGAAAGGAUUUGCUUUUGAGUACAUAUGCAAAGGUUAGGUCGGGUAGUGAUUUUGAUUGGGCAACGUAUCACUAAAUGUUAGUCCAUUGAUGCAAGCAUUUUGUAUGUUGAUUUUGCUGUUGUGUAACUUUUGUUCUGAUUUAAAACAAUAUCUUUAUUUUUAUUUAUAUCUUUUUUGUACCACUUUAUAUUCUUAGGGGGGGGAAUAUCAGAGCAGUUUACAACGUAUUAAUACAUCAAGUAAAACAAUCCAGAAUAAAACAUUACAGAAUAAAGUCAUGUAAAAAGUAUACAUGCAAAGCAAUAUAAUUAACAGGAAACUUAAAUAUUAUUUUAAAGAUUUAAAAAUAAAACUUUACUAAAGGAAUUCAGAUAUAAAAUGCACAUUUAAACCAGCAUAACUAACAAGAGACUAAAAUAUUAUAACCACAUAACGUUGCUACUGCCACUGCUGCUAAUCCUUCCAGUGGGGUUUCAUGGCAGAUAGCAGUUGUGGAAGUUCAGGCUUGAUGACCUGGGUUUGUACUAAGAGACAGCCAAGAUGGUCUUUGGCCUCUUCAGAAGCCUCAGCUUUAGUAGCUAGAGUCAGUCAAGGCCCUUCUCUCCCAGGCCAAGUGGCAAAAGGUGUGCAACGAAGGGAGCAGGUGCCCCAGGACUCACAGUUAAAAUGAGCCUUCAAUGAUCUCACCUCUCUUGUGACCUCUGGACAUUAAUUUGUCUAACCUCUUUAGCGUGUUCAGUACAGUGGUGCCCCGCAAGACGAAUGCCUCGCAAGACGAAAAACUCGCUAGACGAAAGGGUUUUGCGUUUUUUGAGCUGCUUCGCAAGACGAAUUUCCCUAUGGGCUUGCUUCGCAAGACGAAAAACGAAAACUUCUUGCAAGUUUGUUUUCUUUUUCUUAACACCGUUAAUACAGUUGCGACUUGACUUCGAGGAGCAACUCAUAGAACGCGGUGUGGUAGCCUUUUUUGAGGUUUUUGAAGACUUUGGUGAUUUUUGAAGCUUUUCCAGAACUACUUUUAAACUUUUAAAACUUUUUUGGGGGUUUUUGGAUUUUGGGUUGGGGUGUUUGGAAUUCAAGGACUUUGUGUUAGGGAGGGGUUUGCAAGAAAGGAAGCUUGUGUGUUUUUUUCCUGAAUUUUUAUGAUUUUCUGUGACCAUUGGGCCACUCUGCUGUUUUUUUAAAAAAAAUCUGGAUUUGAAUUUCUGUGUGGUGGGUGGCUGGGGGAACAGUUGAGGAGGGGUUUGCAAGAAUCUGGGAGCUUGUGUGGUUUUUUCUGCAUUUUUAUGAUUUUCUGUGACCAUUGGGCCACUCUGCUGUUUUUUAAAAAAAUUUCUGGAUUUGAAUUUCUGUGUGGUGGGUGGCUGGGGGAACAGUUGAGGAGGGGGUUCUUCAGCAAGAAGCAAAGAGUGGAAGAGGAACCUUCUUCGAGUUGUCCCCCAGAGUCUUAGAAAAUGUACUGUACACUUUGUUGAUUUUUAAAUGUUAAUUUAUUGUUCCUUCAAUUUUUGAAAUGCUCUUUACAGUAUGUGUGACUUUAAAGAGCACUUAAUAAACUCUUGUUGUACCAAAUUUGGCUUUGUUUGGACUUUUUUUGACCGUAGGAACGCAUUAAUUGAAUUUCAAUGCAUUCCUAUGGGAUUUCGUGCUUCACAAGACGAAAAAUUCGCUAGACGAAGAAACUUGCGGAACGAAUUAAUUUCGUCUUGCGAGGCACCACUGUACUGCAAUGCAUCUAAGGCAGAGCUCUCCAAAUUUUGUGUCGUGACUUGUUAGUGUGUUGGCUGCAAUGCAUAGGUGUGUUGUGCAAAUACUCCCUGUGUUCCUCUCUGGAUUAGUUUAACCUCCGGUUUGCUAGUAAAACUGAAUUACUGUGUAGUGAAAUGAUGCAUGUCAAAAAAACUGUAUCACCAACGUGAAAUGUUUGGAAAGCUCUGAUCUAGGGAGAUUGUUUUCCCUUUAAGAAAAAUUCAAAUACUGUUACUGAUAAAUUAAGUUGUUUCUUGCCUUAGCAGUUCCAUUCAGCUGUGAGGAACCUCAGCCUGGGUCCAAACGCAGUCUUCCUGGACUCCCUACAUCAUGCUCGCCUUCCCAGACACCCAAACUUGCACUGUUCACACCCUCCUUGCUGGGUUAAAUGUAUCAUUGAACUGUGAUAAAGCUUCUUAAUUACCUAGUCAGAGAGGUAUGUGUUGUAUGUAUUAAAGAUGGGCAAUACUGUAUCUGGUUUUCAACAUCACAAUAUAUCAGCAGCUAAAUGUCACAAUAUCUCGAUAUAGCACAAUAUAUAUCUGUGGUGGCGGAGGGCCUUGCUGGGCCUCCCUGCGGGGGCAGAGAGUCCUGCCAUAUCUCCCUGCAGCAGUGGAGGGUGCGCAGAGCUGUAGCUAGGUUAUCUUGCGCCCCUGGCAGAACCGUCUAGAUUCUGCCCCCUACCCAUGGACAAAUUAUUCUUUCCGCCUCUCCUCCAACCUCCCCCCAUUCAAUUCACCCUCUAUUUCAAAAGCUUUUCUUAUGAGGCAAUAAUUGAUAUUUUUAUUUAUAGACAUAUUUUAGGCCGAUUUUGCACCCCCCUCUCACCUGCGCCCCUGGUGGGAGCCCACCUCACCACCUCCUAGGUACAGCCCUGAGGGUGCGCAGUGCUUUCCUGCAGCAGCAGAGGGCCUUGCUGGGCAUCCCUGCAGCAGUAGGGGUCCCACAGUACCUCCCCACAGUGGUGGAGAGUGCACUGCACAUCCCCACAGCAGCAGAGGGUGCCGCUGUAGCUCCUUGUGGUGGUGGAGGGUGCGCUAUGCUUCCCUGCAGCAGCUAAGGGCCUUGAUGAGGCUCCCUGUGGCAGUGGAGGCCCUAAAAAAUGUAAAAGUAGAUUUAAUAAAAAUUGUAAAUGAACUUCCAUAUAUUAUAUUUAAUAUAUUUUUCAACUAAUUUAUGAGUAGUUUAAGUGAUUUACUAGUCAAGUUGCAUCUGCUUCCCCACAUAGAGGUAUAAGUAGAAUAUGUGCAUGCAUAAGCCCCAUUGAGUUCAACUAAUACUGAAAAACACCCUCAUCAUCAUUCUCACACAGUACCCAACCUCCCAUUUCAGCAUAAGGCAGCCAGCUAAAUCUUCUACCCUCAAGCCCCCCCCCAAAGCCCUCUUCCUACCAAUAUCUCCCAUUUUAUCAAAGGGAGGGAAGGAAGGCAAACAAGCAAAAAGAGAGUCUCCUUUAAAAAAAAAUUUAAAAACCCUUUUUAAUAUUGAUACGGAAGGGGGGGGCAUGUCUUCUUCACCUUCUUCUUCGCUACAAUAUAUCCAUUUAUUUCCAAUUGUCAAUGUCAAAAGGGACUAAAAUCUAUAAAAUUCAUAGAAAAUCAACGUGCCAAUUUGCUCAAUUUCUCUAGGACUCCAUGACACCUCCCCUGUCCUCCAUAAUCCCUCAAGCAAGGUGUCAAGACCCUAAUCCUGUCAAAUCGCUCUGCCAAGCCCUUCCUCUGGGCGAUGCCAGGUGACAGACUAUGCAUACAUGGACCUUUGUCUUCUCAGGAUGUGCUUAUCUGCGCAUAUCUCCAGCUCUGCAUAUUCCCCCCUCCCUCCUCCAUAUGUUAAUCCGGUGUAACCCAACCUCUUCCUAAUGUAUUCGUGAUGUAAUCUGUGUAACCCAACCUCUUCUUAAUGUAUUCAUGAUGUAACUGGGAUGUAUUUUGCACUGUAUUCUGGGACAUGGAGGGAAAUUUCAAAAGUUCAUGUCACCCCUUUCUCGCUGUUCAAUCUCGCCUUGAACCUGUUGCGCAAUAAACUCGGAUCUCCUACAGCUUGCUCCCGUCUCCGGCUGAGCUCAUUUUCUUCCGCAGGGACCCGCGGACUUAGUCCGACGAGCUGGGUGGCAGAGUAACCCCGCACCCAGAUUUUACCGUAACAAUAUGGAGGAAAGCUUUUUAGGGGGAACCAACAACAUAAACAGCACCAGAAAAUAAAAACAAAAACUCUUCCCCCUCUUUUUUCCACUGGUGAGGGAAGAAAGAUGUGCUUUCCAGUUCUUUGUUUACUUUGCCUCUUUGAUUGACUAGCUGUGGGGGGUCCCUUCUGGAUUGCUUGCAGACUGAGCUCUUAAGUGGAUAGAUACCAAGUGGAUAGAUACUACUUUCAGUGAAUCUGAAAGAGUUUGCUGGUUUGUGUGAAGGGUUAUCUUCAUUUCUCAUGGGUUUUGAGAGAGGAGGGAAAGAGCAAACAAAGCUAGAUACACUUUUCUACAAAUUAUCUGCAAAGUAUCCAUUCAGCUGAGCUACUUCCUAGGAAACUGUCAAGUCUCUGCCUUACUGAAACACUUAUCAUGAUGUUAUUUUGAUACAAUAUGGCAAUUUAUUGCACAGCCCUAGUAUGUGUGUGCAGAAAUCUCUUGACUGUUUGCAUGACAGGAAUAUAGUCUACUGCACAAAGCUAACAUCGCUCUACCCAUUUUUGUCUCUGACCCCAUUCCCCACUGGCAUGUGGGCCCCAGAAGGUUGUCGGUGAGGAAAAGUGGUUCUCCGGCUGAAAAACAGUUCCCCACUCCAGUCUAACCCUUUUGCUCUAUAGCAAGGCUGUCUCUUAUGUAUGAAAGCAUCUCUAUCCCUGUGUUGAGCUUAAUUUUUAUACAUGGAAAAUUUGUCCUGGGUUUUAACAGAGAUGCAUCUUUUACAGGCGAUUAAACGAGAGAGAGAGAAUAGGUGAACUUGGAGCACCUGAAGUUUGGGGAUUCUCACCAAAGGUUCCUGACCCAGAGUAGGUUUGUGGUUUUUUAAUAAAUAAAUGAAUACUGCUGUUUUCAUUGCUGUAACCUGUCUUGAGGACCUUCUCCUGAAAUCUAAUAAGGGGGAUGGUGAUUACCUUUUUCCAUUUUGUUUUGUUGUGUCCCCCCCCCAUGUUGGCUUAUUUAGCACCAUGGUUUUGUCAAAUGCAUUUUGUGUUCUACUUUGCUACAUUCCUAAAAUCAAAUUGUUGAAUCCCUUGGCAUAUUUAGCCUCAUAUAUAUAAUUAAUAUUUUAAAAUCCGAACAGUGGUAAGCUCUCAUACAGAAAUUUAUUUUAUUGAAAUACUUAACACUGAAGUCUUUAUAUGCUUUUGAUCGCAGCUUUUCAAAUUAUGGUGAUAUAUUUUGCACUUCUACCUACACUAGUAUUGUUUUGUGCUCUGCCUUUAAAUCUAGCUCUGAUGAACACACUCCUGCAGAAGAUGAAGAUGGUACAUCUAAAAAGAGCAGCUCUUCUGAUUCCAGCUCAGAAGGUAUUUUGCACUGAUUUGGUGGCGUUUGGGUAACAUCAUUAGUAUUUGUAGGGCCUGAGUUGACUUGCCUUCGUAGAAUGAAUGCACUCCAAAUGGAAUUGCUAAAGUAAAUUGCAUCAAUAAUAAUUAAAGUUCCUGACUCAGUGACACUUCCCAUUGCCUUGUCAUAUUAUUUGCAAAUGAUGUCUCCCAUCCCUAUGCAACAGCAGUCCCCUAUCUGUUCUAGAAAGCAAGGCUGCAGCCUGGCCUCAUAGGUGUAGCAGAUGCAAUCUGUUGGUCAGGAAGUAACAACCCAUAGAGUGGACUGUUUGGCUUGAUUGUAAAAACAUUUCAUUUUCAAAUUAUUUUCAGAGGAGGAGAAGAAGAAGAAAAGGAAGAAAAGGAAGAGAAAAGCUGCUUCACGUAUGUGUGAACCUGUUGUGCAAGACUUGCGUUCCCAGCUUGGAAUUGGCCUCGAUUUCUUCUUUUGAGCUGCACACUUAAAGGGGGUUCUCCCAACCCACCUACACUAUAGUUCAAAUAAGGAAUAGCAAAUUCCCAUAGUCUUUAAAGUCAUAUUUAUUAUUCCAUUCAUUCUGAAGUAUUAACUUCUUCAGUUGUCAAGAAUUUUGGCAAAUUGAGAAUCGUAUCACAAUAGCCCCAUACUAACAUUGUUCCAUUGGACCCUUAAGCUCUCAGGAAGAUGAGCUACAAUUGAAUGAUAUUGCAUGAAUGUUCAUAAAGCAUAGUGGGGUUUUUUUAAAUGAAUAUCACGCGUGGCAUAGUGGUGCUGGGCCCUCCAGCUCCCAUUAGCCUCAGCCAAUGCAGGGGUGAUGACAGCUGCAGAUUCUCAUCAGGAAGGCCACUGCUUUUCCAUCCCUACUGUGAAUAGUCCAGGACUGCAAUGCAUUGUGCACUGGGGAAUAAUUAAAUUCCUUAUUCAGCUGCUAUGUAAUGUAUAUUAGGCUGGGAAAGUGAGCAGGUGGUUCAAAGUUACCCAGUCGGCUUCCUGGCUGAUUUGGAAUUUCUGUUCUGGUCUUCCCAGUCCUAACCCAACACCAUUCACUAUACCACACUGGUUUUCCACCCUUCUUUCACUCAAACUUUUUAUGCCUUACCCCUGCUUAUUUUUGCUUUUCUUUGUUAUUAACAUUUCAGGUGAUGAGGAAAAAAAGAAAUCCAAGAAGAGGAAAAAGAAGCAUAGGAAGUAAGAGCUGUUUUUUUAAAAAAAAAAACUUGUAAAAUUGCGGAGUUUGUGUUUCAUGACACUAGUAUCAAACUCCUGUUUCCCCAGCUACUAUGUUAUCACCAAGAGAACUCUUGACUCUGCUUUCAACUUCUGCUUUUUGUUUAUUUCAUUUGGCAUUGUUUAUUUCUGUUUUGGAUUUUAGUUUGCUUUCCUUUUGGUCUGGUUAUUGUCACCAGUUAUGUCAAUAAUGUAGUAAAAGUUUUGUUAGUAAAUAGAUAUGGAACAAAACUAAGGCCACAUUCAUCUGAAAGAAAGCCUCACUGAACUUGAUGAGAGUGGUUUCUGAGUUUGUGUUGUAAAGGAAAAGAGAAGGGGGACCAAAUGUGUUUAUGCUCUCAGUGCUUCACAUCUUCCUUGCGAGCAAGCUUUGUUCUGCAUUGUGUGUUCUGUAUGCUCCCCAAAAGGCCAAAGAUUUUUAUUUGGUCCCAAAAAGGUUGUUUUUUCUUGGGUUAUGGUUUUCCCCCCAUAGUAUCCUUUAUACUUUAUACAUAGUAUCCUUCCUGCCAACCUAGCAGUUUGAAAGCACGUCAAAGUGCAAGUAGAUAAAUAGGUACCGCUCUGGCAGGAAGGUAAACGGUGUUUCCGUGCGCUGCUCUGGUUCGCCAGAAGCGGCUUAGUCAUGCUGGCCACCUGACCCGGAAGCUGUAUGCCGGCUCUCUCGGCCAAUAAAGCGAGAUGAGCGCCGCAACCCCAGAGUCAGCCACGACUGGACCUAAUGGUCAGGGGUCCCUUUACCUUUACCUAUCCUUCAUACAUAUGGCUUUUCUUUAACCCUCUCAUUGAUAAUAUUCUUAAUAUUGAUAAUAUUCUUGUAAGCGACACGAAGCCAAAACAUUUCUUCUUGUUCUUACCAACCUUUCUUCUUCCUUGCUUUGAUUUUACAUAUUUAUCCCAUUUCCCUCUCACUUCUCAACAGAAAAAAGUCCAAGAAAAGAAAGAGUAAAAAGAGCAGGAAAGACUUCAGCGAGUCAAGCAGCGAAGAUUCUGAUGACGACGAACAGCAAGAGGAUGAUCUCUGGAUUGAGAGAUCAAGUAGGUUUUGAAUGCUCAUAGCUUCUUGGAAAAGCCUGUACACAGGAGCAGCCUUCACUGUUAGACUGGUCUUUGCUAAGGAAAGGCAUCCCGAAAGAGAUGUCAACUGAUGUAGGCUUUAAAUUUAUUCCUUUUGUAAGAUGGUUAUUUAGUUUAUAUGUAUACCCCACCUUUUCCAACAGAAAAAAAAUCAGGUGUGCUAAUAAAAUGAAUAUGCCAUACAAAAUAGAUCAGACCACUGGAAGGCUACCUUCCUUGCGUGUAGAGUGGCUGGCUGCUGAUGGAGCUCAAAGUGGACAAGAUGGAAGUUAGGCCAGGCAGACCCCACAGAAAGGGUGGCAAGGAUAAAAUUUGUACAGUUGGGUUAAAAAAACUGGUUAAAUAAUGCAUUAGAGAAGGUUUUGACUUCAUUCUUCCUUUUAUUGCUUUCUUGCAGAAAAUGCAGAUGCUGUGGAUUUCAUAGGACCAGAAGCUCCCAUUACUCAUGCCUCUCAAGAUGAUCGGCCCUUGAAGUAAGUGCUGAACCUUUAGCUUAUUUCAGCAUUUGAAAUCCAAGGUAGCCAAGGAAUCCAAAUACAGUUGUUAACUAUUAUAGGGCAUAUUUAGAUGUUCACAGAGCUCAGAUCAUAUACAGAGCAUAUAUAAUCCUUAAUAAUCCUCAGCAAGCACCCUAUUAGUUAGAUCUAUACUAUUUUUCCUGUACAGUGGUACCUUGGUUCUCAAACUUAAUCCAUUCCGGGAGUCCGUUUGACCCCCAAAACAGUUCGAAAACCGAGGUGCAGCUUCUGAUUGGCUGCAGGAGCUUCCUGCAGUCAAUUGGAAGCCACGUCAGAUGUUCGGCUUCGGAUAAAAGUUCGCAAACCAGAACAUUUCCAGGUUUGCGGCGUUCGGGAGCUGAUUUGUUCGACAGCCAAGCCAUUUGGGAACCAAGGUACCACUACUACAGAUGAGUGAGUCUGGAAAAAAUAGUAGCUUGCUUUAAGUCCAUCUUUUUCAUUUGUGGCUCAGGUGAAAUUUGAUGUGGGAACUUCCUGCUCUCAUUGGCACUUGGAUGGAUGGAUGUUCCAGAAGGGGUCGUUUCAUGAGUUGAAAAUAUGGGCCACAAUUGUGUGCCCUGACCUUCCGGUGGACUAUAAUCUCCCUAACUUCCCAGUGCUAAUGUACGCGAGAGAACUGUGCUAGAGCCUCGUGAAAACUUCUCUAUAUUUUGGCUUUUGAUGCUGUGACAUAUGCUUAAACUAGAUGUUCUUACACUUCCUUUUCUAACAUGUCUCACCUUGACAGUGAAGGGAAGCAGAUAGCAAUGUGGAAAAGAACAAACUCUGGCUGCACUGCUUGUCCCAGCAUUUUCUUUAUUGUUGCCCAGACAAAAUGGAGAGCUUAACAGGAGGAAAUCCAGAUGGAAUAAUGAGGCCAAGAGAAUUAAGAUAGUAGAGAAAAGACCCACCUACCUCCUUUUGCCCUGUCUAUCUUAGAGCCACUUUGUAAGGAAGCUAGGAUUGCAAUGGUGAACUGAAAAGGGAUCCAAGGUUCUGGCUUCCCAUAGCUAUCUAGGACUUCUUGCACAAAAUGGGCCUGUAUAUGAAAUAAUACUUGUAAGUUGUUUUGCUUUGUCCUCUUCAGCUUCUCUGUAUCCAUAGCUAGAGAGAGAAGUCAGUGGGGCUUUGGGAUGCCAAUAUUUGUUUAUUUUUUUUGUAAUGUAAUGAUCCUGUCUCUUUCUUAAAGCUAUGGACAUGCUUUACUCCCCGGUGAAGGCGCUGCCAUGGCGGAAUAUGUAAAAGCUGGAAAACGCAUCCCUAGGAGAGGUGAAAUUGGUCUAACCAGUGAAGAGAUUGCAUCAUUUGAGAAGUCUGGCUAUGUGAUGAGCGGCAGCAGGUGAGCGUUCUGAUGGGGAUUGCUGUGAAAUUUUGCUGCUGUUAUGCAGUGUAGGGGGAGGCAUUUGGGUAAUGGCUAAUAGAAAUUGAGCUAGUAAUGAAGGAAAUCUUCUCUUCCUGUUGAACAUUACUGGCUUUUUGAUGUGCAUCAUGUUUCUCUUCAGGCACCGGAGAAUGGAAGCUGUGCGUCUGCGUAAGGAGAACCAGAUCUACAGUGCAGAUGAAAAGAGGGCCCUGGCAUCUUUCAACCAGGAGGAGAGGCGGAAGAGAGAGAACAAGAUUCUGGCAAGCUUCCGAGAGAUGGUCUACAGGAAAACCAAGGGCAAAGACGACAAAUGAACAGGAUGCUCUUCUUGUGCAUAUUGACAACCGUCCCCUGUUACAGCGAUUCACAAACAGGUGUCCAGCAUCACAGCCCUACUUGCAGGGUGUACUGCUGAUUGAACUUCAGGAAAUGGUUUAUAUGUAUCAAUAGGAACCUUGACAGGUGUAUGUGGAUAGCCUGUUCACAAAUUUGCUGUAUGGCAUUAACAGCAGCAGAAGGACAAUUACCUAAAUGAAAUGAGACAAGGCUCUAUUGCAAAUUAUCCCAAAAUAUUGCUAGGAAUCCAAGGUACUGUGAGAGUUGGUGGAUUUAAAAGACACUUUGUAAAAUUCUGAGCAGCAAAUCAAGAUUUGUGGAACUGAAACUUGGCAUUUUUUUAAGGUUGCUUUGUUUUCAAUCCUUUGCUAAGAGAAUGUUGAAUGUACAGUACGAGUCACAGAGUGGAUCAGAGUGAUCUUCCAAUGGCAUUAGAUAACCAAAUAAAUGUUGGUGCGCAUAUAUAUAUAUAUAUAUAUAUAUAUAUAUAUAUAUGGGAAUUCUUGGAUGCCAACAUCUCAAGUUUGGGGCAAGUACUCUUUGGUGAGAGAACCCCAGCAGGGAGUUGGAAGUCACAAUAUAUUCAGCAAAGUAAAGCAUGGAAAUAUAGGCUGUUUUACCUUUAAAAUAUGCGCUUUCAAGUGAGUUCCAAAUUUUCCCUCUUCCCCCAGAAUGGGAUAUGACCACACAUUUGGCAAGUUACAAGAUUGUUUACUAACAAACUCUCCAAAGGUCCGAUUCGUGUGCUCUUCCACACAUCAGUCAGAAAAGUUGCACAGGCAGUAAAACUUAACUUAGUUACAAAGUGAUGAAAGUUCCUAGACAUAGGAAGUGAACUGGCCUAGGAAGUGGCAUAGGAAGUGAAGAGUAGUUUGUGAGAAGCCAUGCUGCUAAGCUGGAGUAACCAGUUCAAACCUCUUCACAUGCUAAGGUGCUCAGGUAGACUGGGAGGAAAUGAUAGAUUUGAUUCCAAGGUAAGGGAACUGACAUAGCUAAGCCUGGCAGGACAGCUAACUCUAUUGUAUUAACCAUUUCAUGCAUUAAUUAGAUUUAAGCAUGUUGGUUAUAUGGGGCUGGUUAUCCCACAAUAACAGAUGGUGCAAAUUAAUUGUACCAUUGAUUGCACAAAGACAAAAGGUCAUUAACACAGCCUUUUUAAGCUUCAGAACAGAUUUGUUUGUUGUAUAUUAGUGAGACUUGAUUCUCUUUUACUAGAUUUUAAGUGACUUAAAUUAUAGUCUUUUUCAGUGGCUCUGAUUCCUUGUAAAUAGAGUUGGAGCAGCUCACUUUGUGCAGAUUUGUACAUUUUAAGUAUUAAUAUAUUUUAUAAUUUUAAUAAGAAGCUGUAUAAUGCUGCAGCAGAGUGUCUUCCAGUGACUAGCCUGUUACUGAGCCAGCAGUGUAAUGGGCGUUUGCGCCCUUCCGUUUCUCUUUGCUUUCAUCAUCCUGUACAUUAACUAGUAUGGGGAGUCUGACUGACAGCUCAUCAAGAGAGAGAACUAUUUGAAGAUUGGAAGCAUCUUCCUACCUGACUUCAUCGUGCAAAUAGAGUUUCAGUGGAACAAAACAGGUUAGAUAUCCAUUUGGCUUUGAUGGGCUGAAAACUUGACCCCUAUUGUAGGCAAAGUCUUUAUGCCGGUAUUGAAAUGUGUCUGGCAUGUGCCAUCCACUGUGACUUCUGAACACCUCUGCUCUUUCAGAAGCCUCAAACCCAGUCUAAAAAAUCUUCCUCCCAAGUUCAGGGGACCCUCAGGGGCACAAGGAACUGUGAGGCAAACGUUGGGAGGAAGUGGUGAAGUCAUAAAAUGUGUACAGGGAGCGGGCUUGAUGUGCAUCCUGUGUACCAUUCCUUUCACAAUUCCAAAACCACGUAUUAUUUCUGGAAAGUUACAUUUAAAAUUGUUCCCCUGGGUGCACCUUCGUUGUUUUUUAUCUAUGGCUUGUCAGUUUCAAGCCAUGACUCGUUCUUUGAAACAACUAUAAAAAUAGACACUUCAUUUCGACAGUGUUUGAAAGCACUUGCCAUUUGGAAAAUUGGAACUCGUGGCUGUGGCUCACAAGCAGGUCUUGAAUAAAGAUCACAUGUCAACGGCUUAGUGUGCAUGUUGCAGUCUAUGGUACUAACUUGGUAUUACUCAAAUAGGUGAACAACUGGGACUGAUGAGAGCAAGAAUUCCCAAUAAUAAAAUUGUGGGAUGUAAUCCAUUGGUGCAGUCAAAUGCAACAUUCCUUGUUUCCCUACAGUGGGCACAGGCAGGGGAACAUCCAGUCAGUGUAACUUCCUAUACCACCAGUCGGGAGCUCCUUCCGCUGCUUGUGACCUGGGAGUUGGGCAUGGCUCUGGCUAACUUCUUAAAAGAGCCGAGUCAUGCAGCCAUUUUCUCACUUCUUGCUUUUAUCUUGUCUUCCUUGCUGAUCCUUUGCUGCCACGCUGCUCUCCUGCAACCAUUUUCUAUUCUUAAUGUAAUUUUGUUGUCUGCUGGCUCUUAGCCAGCAGCACAAGUUCAGUCUCCAUAUAAGAUGAACUCAUAGUUUCUUUGUGUAACUACCAAGUAAAGUCUGCCUUUCAGGAAUCAUAUUGUAAACUGAAAUGUGAGUAAACUUUUUGUUACUUUACUCAGAAA